CAGAGCGGACCCCGGGGGCGAUGCGGCUGCUGCCCCUGCUGCGGACUGUCCUCUGGGCCGCGCUCCUCAGCUCCCCGCUGCGAGGGGGCUCCGGCCUCCGCCACGCUGUCUACUGGAACUCCAGUAACCCCAGGCUGCUUGGAGGAGACGCCGUGGUGAAGCUGGAGCUCAACGAUUACCUAGACAUCUUCUGCCCGCACUAUGAGGGGCCGGGGCCCCCUGACGGCCCCGAGACGUUCGCUUUAUACAUGGUGGAGCGGCCAGGCUAUGAGGCCUGCCAGGCCCAGGGGCCAGGCGCCUUCAAGCGCUGGGAGUGCGCCCUCCCCUUCGCUCCCUUUGGCCCAGUUCGAUUCUCUGAGAAGAUUCAGCGCUUCACACCCUUCUCCCUCGGCUUUGAGUUCUUGCCUGGAGAGACCUACUAUUACAUCUCGGUACCAACUCCCGAGAGUUCUGGCAAGUGCUUGAGGCUCCAGGUGUCUGUCUGCUGCAAGGAGAGCAAGUCGGAGUCAGCCCAUCCUGUUGGAAGCCCAGGAGAGAGUGGCACGUCAGGGUGGCGAGGGGGAGGUGCUCUCAGCCCCCUCUGUCUCUUGCUGCUGUUCCUGCUGCCAAUUCUGCGCCUCCUGCGAGUUCUCUGAGCCAAGCAGACCCCUCCUGCUACGCCCAGGAGCCAGAGCCCUCCCGAGACUCCCUGGAGGAGGGGCCCCUGCCGCUCGAGCUGGGAGCAGUCAAGCCAGCCAGACCAACGGAA